AUGGAUGAAGAGUGGAAUAAGUCACAGCAUACCUCAGAUGAAGCGAUGGGUUCAAUGCUAGGUACUGCUGGAGGUUUUGAGCAUGAUAGAAGCCUCAUGGAGAGAGCAGAACUGAAGAGGAGCACACGACGCAGGCACAGAAACUCGAAAUUAGGAUGUCAAGAGUGCAAGCGGCGUAGAAUCAAGUGUGACGAGACCAUACCGGAAUGUGAGAACUGUCGAAAGAGGCGACAACGCGGCAAGGACAUUGAGUGUUCUUAUCUGCAAAUGACAGAUAGUGAAAUGGCAAGGUUUAGAUUUCUGCAAGAGCAGAACAAGCAAAGUGUUGUCAGAAGGCUAGGGGAAAACACAAUCUCACAAUUCCCCAAUCAUGGUUACGUUACCGCUAGCGGAAACACGGCCUCAAACGAUACGGUCAGCUUCGAGGUACCCCUUAUCCCGCACGAAAAGAUGAAGGUCCCAGCUUCCCCGGUGACAUUGCUCUUCGGAAUGGAAAGCUGGAAAGUAAUUAAGUUUACGUACAUGAAGACGAUUCACUCUGCCUUACAAGAUUGGAAUAUGUCGUCAAAGGCAUUCAUCUGCGUCUCAAUCCACGAUAUCAUAAGCAAUUUGAUGGGACGUAUCAAGUUUCUGAGCUCAUCAUCGAAUCCAAACGCAGUAGAAGAGAGAGCUUUGCGCCGCGAGAUAAGCGGGCUGAAGAAAAUCGCCGCCAGGUACAAAAUCUUAUUGAUAUCAUUUGUCCGACAAUUCAUUUGCACUUUUCUCAGCUCAAAGGAAUUGAUUGGAGAUGAAUUUACUGCGUCCAGAUUGUUAAUGGCUUCUAGCUGUAUCCAAUUCAUGAACUACUUUAAUAGUUCAACUUAUGAUGAUAGUCAUUACAUUGCAAUGGUGGAUAUGUGCCUGGAAAUUUUCACAAAUAACAAUCCUAACCAUAUUGCUAAGACGCUACAUUUUAUCUGGAGCUCAUUUCCAAAACAGUUAAUACAUUUAUAUGUCCCACCUUAUUCCUCAAUCAUACUUUUUGAGAUUUUGCAAGUUUUAAACGACUUUGGUGUGCACAUUAGGGCUACCGGAGACGAGCACUUAAUUUACAAAUAUGAAGAUUUGUGUGAUUUUCUGCGAUACGUUGCCAAUUUACUUCCGCACGCUAAUCAAAAUUGCGUGAUUGCAUAUCCACCCAACGUCUUAUUUCAUAUGUCAAAGAGAUGGACACUGAGCAGUCCACCAGAAGCUUAUUGCAUUUUGCCGUCAAUGCCCGGAACCCACAAGGUUUUCUACACUUUUUACCAUUCAAUUGCAUCAUACCUUGACGCUUUACUUCCAUCGGCUUCAUUCAUAAUGCACCGUCCCUUUUACACAUCUUUGGGUUUGUGCCCUUAUUCGUUAGACUCGGUCUUAGACGGUUUGGACAAAAAUUUAGGUUCUUUUGCCCUCUUUUCUAUCCGCCUUUUGUCAUUCAUGGAGAGGAGAAGGUUCAUAAUCCACAACUUUUUUACCGUUGACGACCCAUUACCAGACGAUUUGGAGGAAUAUCGGUUCAGAUCUAGGCGUGUUAAAAAUUUGGCGGAAGUGCCCAUCAAAAUGUUAAAUAAUUCGAGAAUCCAAUGGCCCAACUAUCCCCAUUGUGUAAGGCUGCCGAACGGCGAUUGGCCUAGGGAGCAUGGUUCAUUCUUUGCGAGAGAGAAAGACAGCGCAAGGACGAGGCUAGAUCAAAUAAAAAUCGCGGAAGAACGAAACGAACUGCAGCUGGACUUCUCCCAGGUGUCAGAUGAGUCUUCGCACCUUUAUGACAGUAUCGUGCAAAACUUGAAAAGCCCCUCUCCACUCUCUGAUGGCGAAGAUCCUGUUUCUAUUUCACCUUCAAGCUUUGAGUAUGAGGAUGCCACUGGACAUAAACUUAACUCCAAAGGACUUCUGGCUGACGAGUGCGAUCCUUCCGCCAUGUUCAAUGGCUUCCUGCCAAUUAUCUCCCUCGAUUUUCCUAGCAUCGAACUUAUUACUCGAUUCAAAGAGGAUAGGAUUGCUUUAUUCACUGCAUCCACAGACCACUAUGACCCCUGA